AUGGAGCCGAGGCGUGGUUCUAAUGGCGGUGGUAUGAAACUCAUUUGCACAGUUCACGGUCCCAGAUCACUUCCUCGUUCCGCGCCUUUCUCGCCUCAUAUGGUUCUUUCUACCCAUGUCAAAUUUGCACCCUUUGCAACUCGUCGAAGGAGGACUUAUCAACGGGACACGAGUGAGCGAGAUCUGAGCACUCACCUGGAAACCGCUCUCCGUGGUGCCUUGAUUGCGGACCGGUGGCCAAAGAGUGGUGUAGACGUCAUCGUUACCAUUGUCGAGGGCGAACUUGCACAACAUGCUACCAUUGAUGAAAGUCUUGAGGAUUGGGAUUUUAUGAAUACCUUGAGCGGAUGCAUUACUGUCGCCGCCGCCGGUAUUGCCGAUGCGGGCAUAGAUUGUAUUGACACGAUCUCUGGUGGUGUUGCUGCCCUUGUAGCUGACAAUGCGGAUCAAAUGGGAUCAACGAUAAUUCGGGAUCCGUCCCCUUCGGCAGCCAACAAUAUACUGGCAGCCUGCUGCGUGGCAUACCUGCGAGGAAGGGAGGAGAUAACAAAUGUUUGGUUCAAAGGCGAAUUGCCUCCAUCAAGUGCGAAUGCUUACCGAAGCCUUAUCGCUGCAGCCGUUAGUUCUAGCAGAGGAGCCCACCAGGCCCUCAAUGCGUCACUUCGCGAGUCACUGCCACGAGCAUAA